AUGACCCGUUUGCUUCUAUUUGUUGGCCUCCUUGUCGCGCUGGUCGCUGCGGACUGUCCAGCCGAUUGGCUCUACUCUAGAUAUUUGAAUGGCAGCUGCUAUAAGGUGGUCACUCAAACAGGAGGAUUGACGUACGAGGAAGCCGACGCGUUGUGCAAAGCGGCAAACAGUAACAGUCAGCUGGCGUCGAUUCAUUCGCCAGUCGAGGACCAAUUUAUCAUCGACAUCUCAGCAAUGGCCACUACAACCUCGCAAUACCAGACGCUUCUCGGGGGAAAACGAGUGGAAAACGGUUGGCAAUGGUCUGAUGGCACAGCCUUCGACUAUACAAACUUUGCCGCCGAUGGGAACACGGGAAGGCAAUGUGUUCAAUCGCCGACGAAUCCAGCGACGAAGCCGGCCGAGUGCUCGCUGGGCUGGUACUACGAUAGACGCUUCAACAGCUGCUACAAGGUGGUGACCCCAAAUAGCAGUAUUCUGGACUUCAACAGUGCAAACGAGGUCUGCCAGAACGCCAGCGCACAGCUAGCAUCGAUACACUCGGCAGAGGAGAAUGAGCUGAUUGUUGCUCUCGCCAGCGAUCUUUCCCUUACGGUAUCGGUCAUUAGCUACCAAACUUUGCUUGGAGCACGACGAGUCGACAAUACCUGGACAUGGACUGAUGGGACUCCGUUCGACUACAAUAACAUUCUCACCGAUGCCGAUUAUAAUUAUAUACCGUGCCUUCAACUCUGGGCGACGAACACAACAAUGGCACAACCGAAUCGCCAGGAGCGUGGCAAGCUUUAUCGAGGAAAUUGGGAUGCAUUGAAUUUCGACCGACGUGCCCCCGAAUUCUUCUGGGAGAUUUUCUGCGCUCAAUGCGACAAAGCAAUUACAAGAUAUUACAUUAUUGAGCGUCAAGUGGUGCAAGUCUGGGAUGAUUGGUGGCACGACGAUUGCUUGAAAUGCACGAAAUGCGAGCUCCGACUUUUAUCGCAAAAUGGAAAGGGCGAUGAGAAUGGAAAAAGCGAGGUGAAUGUGAAGCUCGAUUUCACUGAAUACCCUGCCAACUCAAAGAAGCCGAUCUGUUGUGAGUGUUACGGAAAAGAAAUGAAUCCACAAUGUGCCGGAUGCACUCUUUCGUUGGAUCGUUUCGUGUACAAAGCGCUUGGCAAGAUGUGGCACGAUUCAUGUUUCACGUGUCGGCGCUGCUUUCGUCCAUUUCCUGAAAAGAAGUUCUACGUGCUUGAUGGGAAACCCUAUGACAUUGAAUGCUAUCAUUUGGAGAAUUUUGGAAAACAGCUUGAAGAGCCCACUCGUCUUUCUGUGCAUGAUUGGCUGAAGAAGAACGCCGAGACGACAAUCAUCGAC